AUUCUUCUGAUGGAUUGAACGCAAAAACGUCAGAACUUCAGAAGAAAAGAGUGAGAUUUUUCUUCCACUGCGUUUUAAUUAGAAAUUACGAAUAUUAUAUUCGAUAAAAAGUAAAUAAAGAAAAACCGAAGAUGUUGCGUUCCAAUGUUAUUGUUUUAGACCAGAGCCAUAUCUUACUACAACAGAAAAAUUAAAAUAUUUUAUGAUUGCACAUUGGCGAGGUGUUAUAAUCAUAUUCACUCCAGCAUUUUUCAGCUUUGUCUUAGUGCCUUUGCCUGCAACGAAAUAUCAAUGGACCGGUUAUACGCUACUCGUGAUGGCUGUAUUCUGGGUAACUGAAUGUAUUCCACUGGCGAUCACAUCGUUCAUACCUAUCGUGAUAUUUCCUUUGACCGAUGUAAUGAAUACAAGAGAAUGCUGCACGACUUAUAUGAACGAUUCUGUGAUGAUGUUUUUAGGAAGCUUGAUUUUAGCCUAUUCUGUGGAACAAUCGGGCCUUCAUAAGCGGCUGGCUUACUUCUCCAUACAGCUUAUAGGUUACUCACAUCUAAAAUUGCUUUUGGCUAUGUGUUGUGUCACAACAUUUGCUUCUAUGUGGAUUACUAACACCGCAGCUACAACUAUGAUGGUCCCUAUAAAUUUUGCCCUAUUGAAAGUAUUUGAAGACCAAAAAGUAAUAAAAAUUCAUGAUAGGAACUCUGAUGGCGAUUUGAUUGCAAGUGAUACGACUACUUGUUACUUUUGUGCAGCUACAUUCUCAGCAACUGUUGGUGGCAUUGGCACUUUAGUGGGCACAGGAACAAAUUUGGUGUUCAAAGGACUGUUUAUGCAAACGUAUCAAGAGGCCCCGGAAUAUUUGUCGUUCCCGAAAUUUUCAUUUUUCGCUAUUCCAUACAUGAUUGUGUUAGAAAUAUUCGUUUACUUGUACAUGGUUAUCAAAUAUUUUGGAUUCUUAAGACAGGGUAGUGAGGCAGCAAAAAGAUCACAAAUACCAUUGACUGCACAAAAUGCUGCAAAGGCUGCCAUUGCAGCCGAUGUUAAAAAAAGAGGUGCAAUAUCUAUCUGGGAGGGGAUGGUUUGUAUUUUAUUCGGUGGUGCUAUGGUAUCAUUCUUCUGUCGUUCACCGCAACUGUUUGUAGGUUGGGGGGACAUUAUUAUUGGAUACUUUGGGAUCCCAGAUCCAAAAUUCAUUCGUGAUUCCGCUUUGGCUAUGUUUGUCGGGUUUCUGAUGUUCCUUGCACCCCGAGACUUGAGCUUUUUCAAAAAUUUUACUGUGAAAUACAGAGAAGAUAUGCCAAAAGGUAAAACAAAAAGUGUGUUGGACUGGAAAUUGUUGAACUCCCAAAUGCCAUUUGCUUUCAGUUUUUUGUUGGGUGGGGGAUUUGCACUAUCCAAUGCCGCCAAAACUUCGGGAUUGAACGCUAAACUCGGAGAAUCGAUGCAGAUAUUGAAACCAUUGCCUAAUCCAAUGGUGCUUUUCAUUAUUGUCGUCGUUGUUGUUCUUGUUACCAACUUUACUUCUAAUGUGGCUGUGUGUAAUGUAUUUUCACCUAUAGCCAUGCAACUGGCAAAAGAAAUUAACCAAAAUCCUUUGUGGUAUUGCAUUACUUCUGGAUUUUCUGCUUCCUUCUGCUUUAUGGUACCUGUAGGUACUCCUGGAAACCUUAUUAUACAGAGUGCUGCAAAAAUUCCGACAUCGAAAAUUAUUCUUGCCGGGUCUGGGCCCACCCUUAGCACUAUGUUGAUAACUUGGGUAUGCAUGAACGUAUGGGCGCCUGUCGUUUGGCCAGAUCUAAAAGAAAUGCCUGAUUGGAUUGCCGCUGCUAAUAAGCAACAAUAAGAGAGUAUUACUAGACUAGGAUUACGACUAUUUUUAUAUAGUUUAACAAUUUCCUAUUAUAAUUGAACUUUUAUAUUUUAAUGCUCUAAAUAUUCCCACCACCGCCCAUGUAUUUAGGUUCCUUAAUACCUUGAUCUGUUUAAUUCAUUACUUUUGUUUGAUUUUAUUUAAAGUUAAUGAAACAAGGUUAAAAUAAUCUAGGUAAUCGUUUGGAAAGUAGCUUCUUUUUGUGAGACAGUAUUAUUUAAAAAGGAGUUAUCGCGAGAGGUCCGAUCCUGUUCAUGAAAGGCGUAAAGGUAACCGUCUUGGCGUUUAACACAGGCAGACCAUUGAGGCCAUGCACGCACAGAGUGGUGGACUCUAGGCGUCCACCCAGUGACCAGGGGGAAGGCGAUGGCACAGUGGUCACUAGCCGUGCACCGUGAGGCUCAAAAGAGACGCACGUCUCCCUAGCAAUGUGACGUAACAAGCACCGUGGGCGCUCCGAAGCAGGUCUAUUAUAGACUCCAGUGCCCCCUAUAGGCGAUGGUGGUGGCCACCAGGGUUGUUGUAGUAGUGAGAUUUUAUAAUCUCACUAGGGACUGUGGAGUAACUAAGGAGUGUGGGAUUAUUCCCACAGUCCCGAGUUUUUUUGUAUAAGCUAGGGGCUUUUUAUAUUUUCCCCCUGUUAUCAGAAUUCAAAAUAAUCGUUUCCGUAGAUUUCAGGUGGUGAGGUCGGGAGAACUUUUUAUUAUAAAAUUUAACAACGUUUACCAUGCUCUUAGGAGCCAUAGUUAGAUUCUAUGGUAGAAUAGAAACGGCGGAGCGGUGCUAAUUGUGUGUUUUUCACCCAGAAUAUAAUGUAUUUAGUGAGAAUAUUAAUGUAUUAAGCGAUUAUUUUUUUCAAAAACAUGCCAAACGGUCGUACCGCGUAUGCGCCACUCGAUCGCCGAGGGACGCGGGCGCGGACGACCGCGGGCGAGCGGUGGCUCUCCCGCUCACCGUGUACGAUGCUUACGAAAAGGCGGCGUGUUACUAAGUCAAAUAUUUUUUGUCUAUAUAUUAUAUGUAAUAAUUAAUGUCCGUAAGGAUUGAGGAGCCACAUCAGAUUUUUAAAAUCUGAUUUUACCAUUAUUUAGCAGCAAGGAAGCUGAUUUUGCAGCACGAAUUCUAGAUUUAGCAGCAAGAUAUAUAACUAGUUAUAUUAAUGCAAAAGUGGCUCCUCAAUCUAAACGUUUAAAUUGAGGAGCCACCUAUAACUCGUUAAGUAAUAGAUGAAUAUUUUUGAAAAUUUUGUAUCAUUUAGCAGCAAUUUUGCAUAUUACCGUCUACAAAUUUCGCUUCUGUGGCGCUAAAAUGUAAGAAAAUACAAUACUUUUAGUAUGGCCCCUCUAUCUAAA